GGCACAGACCCAGACCCAGAGGGGUGCCAUCAAAAGACAAAACCACCUCAAGAGGAAGGAAUCACCUUGAAGGGGGGGCUACGGCAUAGUGACCAAUCAACUUGAGGGGAAAUCAUCAUCUCUGGAAAAAAGAAUACCUCGUAUCUUCUAUCAUUACUAUUGAACUAUCAUCUAACAUUUCCCAUGGUUUUUCUGCACUGAUUUGGAUUAUAAAUUAUCUUUUUGGGACACUUUCGGCAUCCAUGUGAAAGCUUUUGGAUUAUCCUCUGAGGUCUACUGUGUCCUUUACCAUCUGAGGGAUCUACCUGCUUAUCCCCUCCACCUGGAACAACUUAGAUGAGCUCAACCCGCUAACUACUCAUAACAAGCGCGAGGUCUGCAGUGACCACCGUAUUUCUGUAACACUGAAACAUCCUCUUCGUUGAUCGGUGCAUGGUAGUGAGCCAUGGUGCUGCUGAAGAUAAAGUUCACCCAGCAGCGGAGGGUGCAUCUGGCCCAGGGCCUGUGGCUGCUGUCCUGGAUGGCAGUGAUGUCGGGGGGCAUCAUCUUUUUUCUGGGGGUUUACCUUAAGACAGAGCUGCUCCGUAGGUCCGAGGUGAUGGACAACACAGAGAUCCACGUGGUGCCCAACAUCCUGAUGAUAGUGGGCCUGGCCUCCAUCGGCACCAACUGGGUGGCCAGUCGUAUGUGUCAGGACUCCAUGGACCCGACCCGCUUCCCUCGUUGGAAGGUUCCCCUGCUGGCUUGGUUUGCUGUCGCGGCGGUGCUCUGUUGCCUGCUCAUCGCUGUCGUUGCGCUCAGCUACGCCCUGCAGGGAAGCCUGGAGGAGUCCCUGAAGGUCGGCCUAAGGAAUGGCAUCCGGUUCUACAAGGAUACCGACGUGCCGGGCCGCUGUUUUCAAAAAGAAACCAUUGAUCGUCUGCAGAUGGAGUUUCGCUGUUGUGGAAACAACAACUUCAAGGAUUGGUUUGAAGUUCAGUGGGUCAGCAACAGAUACUUGAACUUCACUUCCAAGGACAUCAAGGAUCGUAUCCGGAGUAACGUGGACAACCGUUACCUGUUGGACGGCGUUCCUUUCAGCUGCUGUAACCCCACCUCCCCUCGCCCCUGCCUGCGGUACCACCUGACAGAUAACAACGCCCACUUCAACUAUGACUACCAUUCAGAGGAACUCAACCUGUACAGCCGCGGUUGCAGGCAGGCGCUGACCGACUACUACAUGGAUCUGAUGAACUCAACUGGUCCUGGUGUGCUGUCAGUCAUCUUAGUACAGCUGUCAGUGCUUCUGAGUUUGCGGUACCUUCAGACAGCUGUGGAAACAGCGAUGGUUAUGGAGGACCCGGAGGGCGACAGCGAGGGAUUUCUCCUGGAGAAGAGUGUGAAAGAAACCAUUGAGGACUUCAAAAUCAAUGUUCUCACCAUGCUAAAGUUUGGGCAGGUUGACCCCAACGCUGCCGAGGGGUCCUCUGAGGCUGCAGGCGCUGAGAAGGAUGCAAGUUAGUGCGGAAGAAAUGUUGAGCUGAGGGGGAACGUGUGGUUUCUUGGUUGUGUGAAUCGGAGAUGGCGGGUAAAACACCUUUGCCGCAACUCUCUGGCACAUGGCCAAAACAAGGCAAUAAAGAGGGAAUCUUAUCAGGCCCUCCACAGAGACUAAACAUCUCCUCUGUGAAGGACUUCAUGCAUGUGUAACCAUCAGAGAAUCUGUAAAGAGAUGUUUAGUACUUUUUGUUGUAACUAGCGAGUGCGUUCAGUUUAAAGUGGUGUUUUGACGUUUGGCUAAAAGCUGGAAAAGCCAUCACAUGAAGCUGAAGUUCAUCCCAUAAAAACUGUAUUCAUCUCAUGGAUGUAGAGUUUGUACUGACCUGCAAUGAAAUGCUUAAAAAACUGUUAAAAUGGCACUUGAAUAAUAUAUUAAAGGUAGACGUUUUUAACUGC